AUGGCCUCGUCCGAGCCGCUUAGUAGACAUGAACAGCUUGAUCAAUCAAGCUAUCCAACGACAGAAACGUAUUCUAUUCCGCUCGAACCGUCUUACAUGUACUGUGGCAUAACUUACCUUCCACCUCCACGAAAUAAACUUGCGAUAAUCUAUAAUCAUAAUACCAAAAACAUCUUGGAAUUACAUCGAAUUGAAGACGAUACUUUGAAAGUGAUGCAUUCAAUUGAAUUAACCGAUCUAACUUCUGCGAUUGACGAUUUUGUUUGGUGUUCUCAACGAGAUGAGCUUCUGGUGGUUUCAAUCGGACAAUUAUUUACUUAUAAUCUUGACGAAGAACAAUUUACUAAUAACCUAAUCAUUGAUAAAGAUAAAAAUAAAUGUCGAAUCGCGUGCAAUUCAACUUCGAUAGCAUGUGUCGAUCCUCGAACAUUGAAAUUAUACGAUAUCCAGACGCUGAAAUGUCUUCGUCAAAAGCGUCUCGAUCAUGUGUGUGAAGAUAUUGAAUACGAUGAUCAAUACUUUGUUUCGACACAUACGGGAAAAUUAGAAUAUUUAGAUCGAACGUUAUUCUCUAUUCGACGUUUCGCAAUUGGCGGCACAGCUCUAACACGCUUCAAUUCCAAACUAUGGCUCAUCGCGGAUUCAUUCGAUGAUCGCCUUCUAUGGCAAUCUCUUGAUAAACUUCUAUUAACAGUCUGCCAUAUUCAUCAACCGAAAUCCAUCGUUGUUAUACCGUCUACCUCUCGAAUUAUCAUACAAUGUAACGAUCCAAAUCGUUUGUUAAUCUACGAUCCAAUUUCUUGUAAAUAA